UUCUCUUUCUUUCAUAAACGCCGGGUUUGGUGAUUUCAUGACGACAGACUAAGGUCGCUGAAACCUAAUUUUUCAUUGCUUCUGCAACUCUGUGAAGGUUAUUAUAAUUUGGAUUUGCUUGAAAUGGCUGAGGCAAAGCCUGGAAUGAGAAAGCCAGUUUUCACCAAGGUUGAUCAGCUUCGGCCCGGCACCAGUGGCCACACAUUGACUGUGAAGGUGGUGAGUUCAAAGAUGGUUUUGCAGAAAGGGCGUCCUGAUGGGCCGCAAGUUCGCCAGAUGCGUAUUGCUGAAUGUUUGGUUGGCGAUGAGACUGGGAUGAUUGUCUUUACAGCAAGGAAUGAUCAAGUUGAUAUGAUGAAGCCGAACUCAACUAUCAUUCUGAGGAAUGCAAAAAUCGACAUGUUCAAGGGGUCUAUGAGGCUUGCUGUGGACAAGUGGGGCCGUGUUGAAGUGACAGAGCCAGCUGAUUUCACUGUCAAAGAAGACAACAACCUCUCUCUGGUGGAGUAUGAGCUUGUAAAUGUUGUCGAAGAGUGAAGGCCUAACAUAUCGCUUGAAGAGCAAAAGAAGGGCAGACUGAUUUUAUGGGUUUUUUGAGGGUUUCUGGUUCCUGAUAAGUAAAGCAGCCCAGGUAUAUUUUUCUUUAGGAAAAUGGUUUUCAGGUAAAGAAAAUGAAUCCCUAUGCUUGCUAUGAAUGGAGUUAUCGUCCCUGCAGUUAAAACAGCUGAUCGACUUGUGAAGGUUUUGUCAUGAAUGUAGAAAGGCUUGUGCACAGAUGAUAUGCACGAGUAUCCGAAAGAAUACUUGGGUUAUGUUUAGUUUCAUCCUAAAUCUUUUAUGUUAAUAAGGACCCAUCACUGUGGGACAUGGAUUUCAUGGUAUAAUAUGGAUUUUGGAUCAUGGCUUUCAUAAUUGC